AUGAACGCCUUCAUUCCGCCCGAGCUACCGAAGAUACUGAAGAACUUCACUGACGAUGCAAUCAAAGCUCAACCGCUCGAUGUUCUCGCCUGGGCCACUGCAGGAUUUUUUAUUAAAGGAUUAAAAAAACUUUCAAGAUAUUUUCGAGCCUUGGCAACAGGGGAGCCACGUUCCAGUUACUCGAAGCACACGGAACUGACACCCAGCAUCUUGAGAGUGCUCCACAAACAGUUGGCUCCUGUGAAGACAGUGAGCAUGUUUCAGUUGAAGACUCGUUGGAUGGGAUUUGCACUACUGCCUAACCAGCUGGACAGGCUGCUCAAGAAAGGAGACUUCGCUGACAAGGAGAACAAUUUAACUGAUGCAAUGAGAAUAGCCUGCAUGUGCGUGACGCUGAACGAAUCUGGCAGCGUACCAUUCCCGAUCUUCGUGCAGGUGUACAAGUACUUGGGCAUCACCAGAGGCUACGCUAAGGACCCGCAAAUAGUUAUUGAUAGAAUUUGUUGCCUCGAGCGAACGUUCGUGUAA